UGUAACGAGGACAAGAGCUGUGGCUGGCUCUGGGGGAACAGCUGCUUUGUGUCACUUCCUCCACACAUCCAUCCCUGUGGGAUCCUGAUAAGGUCCCUCAUCCUUCUGCUGCGUCACUCCAGACAUGGCUCCAGCCUGACCAGCUCCUGGCGCCCUCCCCUGGGUCACACCCUGCAUCCCCGAGGAGAUGCCGGCAAUGGGGGCAGCCGUAGAGCCCUUCUGCCUCCUUCUCCUGCUGCUGAGACCCACCAUGGAGGGAGAGGUCUCCGUGGCUGUGGGGGCUUCGGUGGAGCUGCCCUGCCCUGUGCAGCGCCACCUGGGGGCCGGGGAACAGCUGUUGUGGCUGUAUCGCAACAAUAGCCUAGACCUAACCGUGGCUCAGCGACUCCCAGCUCCGGGGCUUGGAGGGGACCAGGACCGGCUCUCCCUGCUCCCCAGCCAGUCUCUGCUGCUGCGAGAGGUCCAGGUUGGGGAUGCUGGAACGUACUGGUGCACGCUGGGGGGAACGACAGUAACCGGCUACGAGCUGCGCGUGGUGGCAGUACCGGGGUCUUCCCAGUGCCCCGAACCCCAGAGCCGGGAUCCUGGGGUCUGUGACACCCUGUGGGCUCCACUGGCUGCCUGUGUUGCUGUGGAAACCCUCCUCCUCCUCGCCAUGGGGGCAGCACUGUGGAGGCAGAGACACCAGGGCCGCAGGGCGGCACCUCCAGCCCUCUUGUUUCAGGCCCCGCCAGGCCCCCUGGAAUCUAAGGGUGAAGCCAGCCUCUACGAGAACAUGGGGGCCUGAUGGCCCCUCCCGGGGGCGGGGUUCCACCCACCUGGCCACACCCCCAGCACUAGCCCUGCCCCAUCAGAAGCCACACCCCCAUGCCCAGCUCCAUCCCCUAAGCUCACCCCUGUGAAGGCCCUACCCUUAGCUCCAUCCCUUCCCAGCCCUGCCCCUGCCUAAGCCCCACCCCCAGUUGCAGCCCCUCCCAUCUCUGCCCCUUGCUCAGACUUUUCCUUCAUUUGAAGGCCUGCCCCACCCCAAGCCCUACCCCUCAGAAAUCCCACCCCAGAACCCUCCCCUACUAAGCCCCACCCCUUCCUGAAGCCCCCCGCCCCCCCACUCCUCAUCCUCAGCCCCUCCACCCCAGUCCCUCUCAGCUGCCCCCUAGAGGACCCAUCCAACCAGGCACAGUCCCACUGGGAAGGGCUGGGGCAAGGGACCCUGGUGUCUGGGUGCGCCCUGGGCAGGGUCUGGGGCAGGCGCUGCGAAUAAAAGCAGCAACUGGGAA